GAUUUACUCUUUCAUCUAUUGAACUUAAGACUAGUAACUCGAAAGAAUCCACCUCAGUUGUGGUGGGGAAGUUUUGUAUUUCUCAUGUCUGCCUCUCCCAAAUAAAAUUUCCUCUACCUCUUUGCAAAUUACUAACUAGGAUUAAGACAAAGCAUAACUUCGCAAUUCAUGAUUUAAGAGGCCAGCUAACCUCUGACCUCCACGUCCAAAUGAACACAGUAGAAUUGAAAGAAGGAUGUGCUCUUCCGUCAAUGUGAUGCACACGACACAAGGAUCUCUCCAAAAACAGCACAAAGCACAUGUCAGUGAAGUGUGCCCUGAACUACCAGGCACUGACGUCUGAUAGACUGUGUUCGUUUCACGACCUACGUUGAAACAUGUAGAAAUGGAUUUUUGAAUAUAUUCAUGAAGUGAUGGGAUUAGCUGUUCUUAAAAUGCACAUACUUUAAAAAGCUUUUUUUGAACUAUCAUGGACAAUUACGUUAAGACAAAAAAAAAGAGAUUUUAACUUUGAAGUAAAAUUGUAUUUUAUAUGGACCACUGGAUUUAUUAAUGAGAAACACUUACAAUGUAAGCUGUGAUGUAGAAUGAAGCAAUAAAGAGGACUAUGGCAAUGGAUUUCAAAACUUGGAUGACAAGGCUACUAAAGAUUCUCAUUGUUUGGCUGUCUUCUUACAGCACCUACGCUAUGACUAGCGCCAACGCAUUAGUUUUGAGGUUUGAAGCCAACCACACGUUGUCAGCACCUCUCUACAUCAAUUUCAGUCAAGAAAUAUUAAAACGUUUCCUACUUUGCCUAUGUGACGAAUCAGUAGAAAAAUGUACCGCAGUAACCAGCAAUAUGAAUGAAAACAAUUCGACCAAAGUAUUUACUAGUGCCUCUACAAAUAAAUCGCUUGACAAGUCACAUCAUCGAUAUAGAAAAAAUCUUUUAUGCAAGUCUCAACUUAGUCUAAACUCAACUGUUUGGGAAUUUCGUUUUACCUGUUCAAAUUCACAAAAAAAGUGCCCAAAACAUCAUCGAGGAAUAAACCUAAAAGCUUUCUGGGACACAGGCAGCAGUCUGGGGAAUACCUGUUUAGCUUGUGGUCUAAACAUUUUCUGGAAUGAUUCCAUUAGAGAAGAAACGUAUAAUAAGUCACUAUUGAAUAUCAUCAAGAGAUGCGAAGAAAAUAAGAACAAAUCACGUAAAGAUACAGGUAAAGAGCAGGAUGAUUCCCCAGAUAACAUGACCACGUCUCCCAUGACUCUGGCUGCGAAGAACAAUUCUUUUUGUCAAAACUUAUUCAAGACAUUGGAAAGCGUUUCUUCUACUUCAUUGACAAUACAAAAACAAAGCGAAUCUUUAAAGCAGGCAACAGAUGUACCGCUCUCCGAAAGUACCACAAUGCAAAGUGCUGUUACAAAUCAAAGUGCUGUUACAAAUGUUACAAAUCAAAGUGAUGUUACAAAUCAAAGUGUAGAACUGACGACUGUGAACGGAAAGACAAUCAUUGACGUCCCGAGGACUUACGGAAAUGACACUGGUGGCAGAAAAUUAAAUGUCGCCUUGCAAGAGCAUUUACUCAAGAAGGUCGAGAAUGCUGGGGUUGGCAAUUCCAGCGCGUCUAAGGAGAAGACCUCCAGUUCUCCAACACUCAUGAUCGCGGCAAGCAUCACUGGAGCUGUCACCAUGUGUGCACUUAUUGCUGUUAUCGUCUUUGUCGCUGUUCGCCGAAAGAAAAAAGCUUUACAAAGUGCCCGGAGAUAUUCUCUGCCCCGCUCCCAGAGUUUGGACGAGACAAAAAAAUCUAUGGAAGUCUAAGGAAUAAAGUUACUGUGUAUAAAACAUAAUUAAUCCUGACUUCUGGAGAGUAGCAGCCUAGUAGAUCAAACUAUUACAAGAUAGAAGUGUCACAACUCAGAGAUUCAAACUGUAACAACAUAGAACUUCAAAUUGUUUCAAAUCGUAACAACCAAGGUUUUGUUAAAAAAGUACAAAUAAUUUUUUUUGUUACCAAACGAAAAAUAAAAGGCUUACUUUUAGUUAGAUGUCAGAUGACUUUAAGUGUAAUCCAAUAUCGACAUACUAUAAAUCUGCACCAAAGUCCAAAAUGUAAAGAUACUACGUAUUUGGACGAGCAUUGGAAGUUAAAAGCCAUGACUCAUAUAUUUCGUCAAGCCACUUGCAGAUGAAGCGAUUACCACAAAAAAAUUUUGAAAGAAAAAUUUUUCAACAAAGGCAUCUUUGAAUGCGUUCCUUUAUUAGAGAAUAUAGAAUAUUCAAGUGAGAAAUAUAAUAGUAAGACAUACCAUACGAGAAGUCUUUAGCUCGUAUCUCGGUAUGAAUUUUAAGAUAACGUAUUUUUAGUUCGUCUCAAUUCCGCCCACUUCUAAGGGCUACCUGGCAUAUCUGGGAAAGAAAAAGAGUUUAGUCUUUUUGUUAGUAAUUUGACACUUUUGUAAACCGACGGCCAGAAGCAAAUGUGUUUUAAAUCAUUGGCUCCAUGGAUGGCAAAGUCUUUUUAAAGAUAAAAACUCAUUUUUUUUGCAUAUAUAUUUUUUUUAAAUUGUAUAUUUCCAAAGUUCUACUGGCCAAUCCUUUUAGCGCCAAUAAUAAAAUAUAAAAAAAAUGAUUAAACUAAUUAACAUAUACAAUAUUGAAAGUCGUUCUACGAAUGAAAUUGUGCGUAGUAUCUAGUCAGCUGUUUGGUUAAACAUAGGAGUAUAUCUAGAUGUAGAUAUUUGCAAACAGAAAAUGUGUAUGUGUGCAAGAAGUCAUUUUUAUUUUCAACUGUUAAAAUAUUAUUUUAAACAGUGUAUUUGAAAGACUAUAAAUUAUUUUUAGGAUCGCAUAUGAUGUUCUGUUUGUUUGUUUUGUUUUGCAUGUUUCGGAUGUUCCUUCGGAUUUAAAGAUAAUAACCCACUCCUCUCAAGUUUGGCAUCGGGCUCGGUUUCAAAGCAGGGCUAUCUAGAUGACUGUCUAGAGAGUAUAUCAUACAAUACAGGCGUUACAGCAGGCUAGUUGGAAAGAACUUAUCUAGCUUGGUUACCUUUCUUGCUGGUCUUAAUUUUUAUUUUCUGUAGAAGGAUUUACGUUAUCCUACUGUGUUCAUGGAUAGUGCUAUUAGAGCAUGGAAUGGGUUGUCUGAACCAACCAGGAAUAUCAUUGACUUGACAGAAUUUAAGAUAAGAUUAGAUAGUUGAUUAAAAGUGUCUUGCACAUCAUUCUUUAGUUUUACUUCAUAAAAUACACAUAGUACUUUCAUAUCUAACCUUCGCUCAUCUAAUAAAAUACUCAGAAAGACACAAAGAUGAAGGCACGCUCCUCGUUCUAUAAGCUAGGAAAUAUUUGUACAAAUGAUCCUUCUUCCCUUGUGCUGUUAGAGCAUGGAAUGGGGUUGCAGAAUUUAAGUCAUUGGUAAACAUGUAUGACUAGAUGCAUGACGCGUAGGACGUAAACAUCUUCUUUUUUGAAGUAACGUCUAUAUUUUAUAAGAUAAGAGUAUUAAAAUCCCUUCGCUUCUGUUGGUUAGCAGUUUUUUUCUUGGCAGGAUAUCAAGAGAGGGUCCGGUCCAUUCUUUUACGAUGUCCAGUCAGAUUUUCUAAAGACGGCCCUUUCUUCGUGCUCCUCCACUGUACCUUGAAGAAAAGAUUCCCUGUGGUGCUAAUGUGUUUGAAUUUGCUACACACUUUUAAUGAAUCAUAACUUGCAAAAAAGGGCUUUGGUAACGCAGUUGUCACCAAACGACUUAUUUGUUAAGAUUUAUUUUUAGUUGAUACAAUGUUUAAAAUAUAUGCAGUGUCCUCAUGCUUAUUAUAAAUAAAAUAUUAUUUAAACAUAAUUUCGUAUUUAAUAUUUAUCUGCUAAGUAGAACAGCGUACUUUAUGUGUUUCGCCUUAUAUCUAGAUAUUUAUUUAUUAGGUCUAUUUAUUUUUUAUUUUAUUUACGUGGUUACUUCUAGCAUUGAUUUAUCAGUAUUGAUUUAUUGAUUUAUCAGUAUUGAUUUAUUGAGUUAUCAGUAUUGAUUUAUUGAGUUAUCAGUAUUGAUUUAUUGAUUUAACCAUAUUGAUUUAUUGAUUUAACCAUAUUGAUUUAUUGAUUUAACAGUAUUGAUUUAUUGAUUUAUUAGUAUUGAUUUAUUGAUUUAUCCGUAUUGAUUUAUUGAUUUAACAGUAUGAUUUAUUGAUUUAUCAGUAUUGAUUUAUUGAUUUAUCCGUAUUGAUUUAUUGAUUUAACAGUAUUGAUUUAUUGAUUUAUUAGUAUUGAUUUAUUGAUUUAUCAGUAAUGAUUUAUUAAUUUAUCAGUAUCUGUGUCUGGUUCUGCUCAAUUAUGUUAGAAUUCCGUUGCUGAAGAUUAUUUCAAUGAUAAUAAUAAUGAUAACAUCAUUACAGCUCUACCAUCCUCACAUCUCUAGCAUCAUUACAGCUCUACCAUGCUCACAUCUAUAACAUCAUUACAGCUGUACCAUCCUCACAUCUCUAACAUCAUUACAGCUCUACCAUGCUCACAUCUAUAACAUCAUCACAGCUCUACCAUCCUCACAUCUAUAACAUCAUUACAGCUCUACCAUCCUCACAUCUAAAGCAUCAUUACAGCUCUACCAUCCUCACAUCUCUAACAUCAUUACUUACCAUGCUCACAUCUUUUACAUCAUUAUAGCUCUACCAUGCUCACAUCUAUAACAUCAUUACAGCUCUACCAUGCUCACAUCUAUAACAUCAUUACAGCUCUACCAUCCUCACAAAUCAAACAUUAAUUACAGCUCUACAAUCCUCAAAUCUCUAGCAUCAUUACAGCUCUACCAUCCUCAAAUCUCUAGCAUUAUUACAGCUCUACCAUCCUCACUUCUCUAACAUUAUUACAGCUCUACCAUCCUCACAUCUGUAAAAUCAUUACAGCUCUACCCUCCUCACAUCUCUAACAUCAUUACUUACCAUGCUCACAUCUCUAACAUCAUUACAGCUCACCAUCCUCACAUCUCUAACAUCAUUACAGCUCUACCAUCCUCACAUCUUUAGCACCAUUACAGCUCUUCCACUCUCAAAUAUCUCUUAUAUAUCACAGCGUUCAUGCCAUCAUAUUUCUCAAAUCUUGAACAACCUCACAUUUCCCACGUCUAUGACAGCACCCACAUUACUAGUAUCUUCUCCUCAAUAAUAUAAUUUCCUCUCUAACAAAUGUUCCUCUGUCACAUCGGCUCUCGGUUCUUUCUACUGUGUGAAUUGACUAAAAAACGUCUUUAUAAUGAUUGCUCUCAACUUAUAAGUAAAAAAGUGUUGAACAUAGCAAAGUGUAUUCACUUGAGAUGACUCACUGGAAAUACAUUUUAAGAGAAUGGA